UCUGCGCUACUAUAUCACCCAGAGUCACCAAGCAUUAACGAAAUAUCGCCGUCAGUAAUCUGUUAACCGUGGACACCGUAUCGGCGAGCGAAGGCACUUGGAAGAUGGCGCUUGAGGCAAAGGAUGAGAAAAGUGAAACGGCAGAACAUAGCACGCACUCGGUGUCGACAACCGGUGCUGCUGACAAUGCAGACGAGAAGGCGACGGGUACGACAACAAAACAGGAGCUCGAUCCGGGUCAAGCGAACGCAGGCGGAGAAGCGACCCUUGCAACUGGCGGUACAGCAGAGGGACCGACCUCAGAGUCAAAACCAGGUGUAGCGCCCAGGACUCAGAGAGUACCGCCUGACGAGACAGUAACAGGUACUGCUCUCGUCCCACAGAAGCAGCCAGUCGCUGGCAAGUCCGUGGAAACACCGGUAGCUCCGACUGCGAAGACGCCACCAGCAGCGGCCGCCGUGUCCGACCUCCGGAGGGACAAGCUGGGACAGUGGGCGACAUGCGAUGAGGGAACAGCCGCCUACCCUUCACUCACCAGGGGCGUGGAUCACCUGCGCAGCCCUCAGCUCAACAAGGGUAUGGCAUUUUCAUUGAUGGAAAGACAACUGCUAGGAAUCCAUGGUCUGCUGCCUCCACGCAUCAAAACCCAUGAUGAGCAAAUGGCUCUGUGCGUGCUUAAUGUUGAGCAGUGCACUGAUGACCUGAGCAAGUACAGGUACUUAAUGGGACUUCAGGACAGCAAUGAGAAGCUUUUCUAUCAUUUAUUAUCUGAGAAUGUGCAGUCCCUAUUGCCUAUAGUCUAUACACCAACUGUUGGACUAGCUUGUCAGAAUUAUGGUCUAAUUUAUAUGAGACCACGGGGACUGUUUAUAACAAUUCAUGAUAAAGAACAUGUGUAUGAAAUACUCAAAAACUGGCCUGAGUCUUCUGUUAGAGCCAUAGUAGUUACAGAUGGAGAAAGGAUCUUAGGUCUUGGUGAUCUUGGUGCUUAUGGUAUGGGAAUCCCUGUUGGCAAAUUGGCUCUUUACACAGCCUUAGCGGGCAUUAAACCUUACCAGUGCUUGCCUGUAACAUUGGAUGUUGGCACCAAUACACAGAAACUGCUUGAUGACCCUCUCUACAUUGGACUAAGGCAAAAGCGAGUAAGAGGAGACCAAUAUUCUGACUUUGUUGAAGAAUUUAUGCAAGCAGUGGUAAAGAGAUAUGGUCAAAAUACUCUUAUACAGUUUGAAGAUUUUGGAAACUACAAUGCAUUUCAUUUGCUUGAAAAAUACAGACAAAGUUAUUGCACAUUCAAUGAUGACAUACAAGGAACAGCCUCAGUCGUUGUGGCUGGAUUACUUGCCUCUUUCCGUAUCACAAAGACGCGCUUGUCUGACAACAUAAUACUGUUUCAGGGUGCUGGACAGGCUUCACUUGGUAUUGCUGGACUUUGUGUAAGGGCAAUGCAGGAAGAGGGAACCUCCCUGCAAGAUGCAAGAGACAAGAUCUGGAUGGUAGACUCAAAAGGACUGAUUGUCAAAGACAGGCCUUCAGGUGGCAUUACAGCACAAAAGUCAGUAUAUGCAAAAACCCAUGAGCCUAUCAAAGAUCUUGAGGAAAUAGUUGAAACAGUGAAACCAACAGUCAUCAUAGGUGCUGCAGCUGUUAGAGGAGCUUUUACACCAAAGCUGUUAAAAACUGUAGCAAAAUUCACAGAGCAUCCUAUUGUGUUUGCAUUGAGUAAUCCUACAGAAAAGGCAGAAUGUACAGCUGAGGAUGCAUAUGUUAACACAGAUGGAAAAGCCAUUUUUGCUAGUGGAUCUCCUUUUCCUCCAGUAACAUACAAAGGGAAGACAUUUUACCCUGGUCAGGGUAACAACUCUUAUAUCUUCCCAGGAAUUGCACUUGGUGUAAUUACUGCUGGGAUACGCAUCAUCAGUGAGGAUGUGUUCACUGUUGCAGCAAAGGCACUGGCCAACUUUGUCAAUGAUUCUGAUUUAGAGAGAGGUAGCCUUUAUCCACCCUUGCAUAGCAUCCGUGAGUGUUCAUUUAGAAUUGCUGUGGAAGUUGCAAAGUUUGGAUACAAAACAGGAGUUGCAUCAACUUUUCCACAGCCUGAAAACUUGGAGAACUUCAUCAAAGCACAGAUCUAUGAUUUCAGUUACACAUCUUCAAUACCAACUACAUACGCAUGGCCAAAAACUGAAAUAACUAAUGAUCAACAAUAAUUAGAGUGUUUCAAAUAUAUUCAUUUCUUUAAAACACACCUGUAAUGAAACUGUAUUGAAUCUAUUAUUAUGAAGAUAUAGCAUGUGAUGGAUAGAAAAGAGCUGAAAUGAAGAGAGCAGAUAAUUCCUACAUUUCUGGUUUUAGCACUUUUUCUCCGUUUUCAGUAUUUUAUAGAAAAUAGAAACACAUUACUGGUAUACAUUUUUAGUAUUAACAAGGUGAAGUGUCAUGGAGGAAGACAGAAGAUGGACAUGUGCUUUUAUUGAAAUGGGGGCUAAUCAACUUUUGAGAUGCUGUAUUUCAUUUACACAGUGUAAAAAAAUGUUGAAUAUUUUGAGAAGUGGUAGUGCUUAACACAACAAGAGAAAACAGGACAAUAAUCAUGGGUUUAGAAACAUAACUUUUAGAGAUCUGAACAAUUGUUCAUACAAGGAGCUCAAUCUGAUGUCCAUCUGUGGCAAUGCACUCUCCUGCCAUUCAAUGUAAAUAAUCACAUGCUCUUUGAAACUGACCCAUUUGUUGUAGUAUGUGCUGACAUGCAUGAAACACAUCUGUAGUGUUUUAAGUCUUCCUCCAAUACAUUAAUUGAGAAAGUGUGCUCAUGCCAUCUUUUCACAAUUGCAUGGUGAUUUUCAUCAGUCUAUACAAGCAGCUGAUGAAAAUUCAGAUGACAGUCUCUUGUAAACCUAUAAGUAAAUGAAAUCUUAGAUGUAGACAAUGGAUUUAUACCCCACUUUUGCCUGAGCUAUUGAAAGAAUUGCAAUGAGCAACAGAAAUCUUGAUGCCUUUGGGCCAAGACACACUGUAGAUUAAUUGGUCAUGGAGUAACAACCAGAUAUGUGUAUGACUCAUACCUUCCACUGAUGUUAAUCAUCACACACUGUAAAAGAUUGCCAUUGGAAUAAACUGAGAUUUGUGUCAAUUCAUAAUUACAAUGAUCAAUUUUUGUUAACUUUUUUCUUUCUUGCUGGAGAAAAUAGAAUUUUGUUUCAUUUUUAUUGACUAAGAUUACUGUUUGAUCUAUGU